UGCCUUUCUCCCUCCCUCCCCACCCCCAGCAGACCCGGUCCCAGAGCCCAGGAGUGUGGAGCUAGAGCCUCCUGAGCACCCAUGGGCUGGCAGGGUGAGCUGGCCAGGUGAGCGGGCAGGGAGCUCAGGAGACUGGAGAGCCCUGCAGGUGCUGAGGGGACGGUCGGGGACUCAGCCAGGAGGGACAUCCGACUCACCGCCCUCCCCACCCCCAAGCCCUGAAGCCAGAAUCCGUGCUUGGCAUGGGCAGGACAGCGAGAAGCUAGCCCCCUGCCCAGGCUAACGCUGACCCCAAGCUGCUGCUCACCUGGACAAGAUGAGAAGAUCAGGUGUGCUCCGACUCCUGGCCCUCAUCUUUGCCCUGGUCACCACAUGGAUCUUUUUGCGCAGCUACAGCAGCUUAAACAUGAAAACUAUCCGUCUGCCCCGCUGGCUGGCAGAUUUGGACUCCAAGAAGGUCGAGGUCGUGAGGACCAAGUGCGGCCUCAGCAAGCCCUGCCCGGACAACUUCUUUGCCUUUAAAAUCAGCAGCGGAGCCGCUAACGUCGUGGGUCCCACCAUGUGCUUUGAAAACCGUGUGAUCAUGAGUCCUGUGAAAAACAACGUGGGCAGAGGCCUGAACUUUGCCCUGGUGAACGGAACCACAGGAGUGGUGCUGACACAGAAAUGUUUCGACAUGUACUCUGGAGAUAUUACGCUCCUGGUAAAGUUCCUUAAAGAAAUCCCAGAGGGCACACUAGUGCUAGUGGCCUCCUAUGAUGACCCAGGAACCAAAAUGAAUGAUGAGACCAGGAAGCUCCUCACCAACUUGGGCAGUUCCUAUGCAAAGCAGCUGGGCUUCAGAGAUAGCUGGGUCUUCUUAGGGGCCAGAGACCUCAGGGAUAAAAGCCCUUUUGAGCAGUUCUUAAAGAACAACCCAGACACAAACAAAUACGAGGGCUGGCCGGAGCUGCUGGAGCUGGAGGGCUGUGUUCCCCGGAAGAUAUCUUAGGGCAGCUGCAGGACUGAAAAAGCCCUCUCGCUGUCCUAGAGUCAGCGCCAGCUGUGGCUGCAAGAAGGAAACCAGGUGGCCGGUGGAAAGUUCCCCCGUGGGGGCAGGGGGUCGGUGCCCUCUGCACAC